CACACAAUCCCAGAUAAGUCGUUUCUACUUUCAUGUGGACCGUUAUUUUGCAUUGGACAAUGUGAAGCCCAGUAAUUCCAAGGAUCCGCGGACUAUGAUAAUACCACCGGGGAUUUCUUAGAAGCUAGGGUUUCUGAUUUGUUAAAAACCCCGAUUGCAAACUUGUCCCGAUGCUGGGGAGAGCGCUUCGGAGCUAUGGGAGGAAGGUCGCCGGCGCCGGUGUUCUCGAAGGCACGAGAUUGAUAUGUUUCGCCGGAGAAUUGGAGGGGAUUCCGAGGGAGACCGCGGACGUGGUGGUGAUCGGGGCCGGGGUGGUGGGGAUCGGGGUGGCCAGAGAAUUUGCGUUGAAGGGGAGAGAUGUUUUGGUGGUGGAGGCCGCCUCUACAUUUGGGACUGGAACCAGUUCCCGGAAUAGUGAGGUGAUUCAUGCUGGGAUCUACUACCCUCCCAAAAGCCUGAAAGCAAGUCUUUGCGUAAGAGGAAAGGAAUUGCUCUACAAGUAUUGCUUUGAUCGAGGAAUCCCCCAUAAAAGGACCGGCAAGCUUAUAGUUGCCACUAGUGUUGCAGAAGUUCCAAAGUUGGAAGAUUUAUUGAGGCGAGGGACAGAGAAUAGUGUUGAAGAUCUGCGAAUGAUGGAGGGAUCUCGAGCUAUGCAAAUGGAACCGGAACUUCAGUGUGUCAAAGCAUUGCUGUCUCCUAGCUCUGGGAUAGUCGAUUCUCACUCACUCAUGCUGUCUUUAGUGGGGGAAGCUGAAAAUUUUAGAACUACUUUCUCUUAUAAUACUACAGUUAUCGGUGGUCAUUUUGAAAAUAAUUGCCUCCAUCUCCACAUUUCUGAGAGCAAGGACCUUGAAAAUCAUACUGGGGACGUUCCUUUGUUGCCUCAGCUUAUAGUGAUUCCCAAGCUUGUAAUUAAUUCAGCAGGAUUGAGUGCAGUUCCGCUUGCAAAGAGAUUUCGUGGCCUUAAGCAGGGAGUUGUUCCUGCUGCUUAUUAUGCUCGUGGAUGCUACUUCACUCUCUCUAAACCUAAGUAUCCUUUCAGCCACUUAAUUUAUCCAAUACCAGAGGAUGGUGGUCUUGGAGUGCAUGUUACAUUGGACUUGAAUGGCUUUGUCAAGUUUGGGCCAGAUGUUGAAUGGAUUGAUGGUAUAAAUGAUUUAUCAAGCUUCUUGAACGGGUUUGAUUACUCAGUCAACUCUGAUCGUUCACAUAGAUUCUAUUCAGAAAUCAGAAAGUAUUUUCCUAAUUUGAAAGAUGGAUCUCUGGAACCUGGAUAUUCUGGGAUUCGACCAAAGCUUUCUGGUCCAAGACAACCUCCUUGGGAUUUUGUUAUUCAGGGGGAGGACAUUCAUGGUGUUCCUGGACUCAUUAAUUUGUUUGGAAUCGAGUCACCUGGCCUAACAUCCAGCUUAGCAAUUGCAGAAUACAUUGUAGCAAGGAGUUCAAGAUGACAUUUGCCUCAUGGAGUUCUAUCAUGGUCAGGUCUUGCUGCUAAAUUACAUUUAGCCCUAUAAGAAUCAUAACUAAUGGUUCAAACUAUGUGGAGUGUUUCCAUUUGGUGCCUGUUGUCUAUUUUCCAAGAUACACUUAUGCUUUUUUCAAGGUAUAUUUGUUGUAUAACCAUAUUAUUUAUAUAGGUUUUGAAAAAGAGGAGUUAGAUGAGGGCACUGAGGAACGUAUGUACUAUAAAGGGCAUGCAAGAGGCAGCUCCACUUUGGUUUAUAAGUUUCUGUACAAAUCUGAAGGAACCAUAAUCAACUCAAUAAAGAACCCAAUAGCUUUUCUUCAAUCACAAAAAUAAA